GAACGUGACUGUGUCAAGUAAGAAACGAAUGCCGGCUAACCUCGACUAUUUUUCGCUGUUUCUCCAAAACACAGUUGAAGCAGUGCAUUUGGGAUAUGACACGGUGCAUAUAAGCACAAAGUACAGCACAGAAGAUGUUGUCUAAGAGAUUAUUUCUACCGCUGUGGUUGCGUCUUCACACCAGUCGCAGAUUGUCCACCGUUUUACAUCCACGGAUGCAGCUUCAGGUGCACAUACUCUCACUUCAGAUCCACACCUUGGGGUGUACUGCUACCACAAAGAUCCAAGAAAAUCUUCAGAAUGGAAUACCGGCAAACAGCACUGCUACCGCAAAGACCAAAGAAAGCCUUCAGGAUGGAGUCCAAACAAACGGCGAUGCACAAAAUGGGGAUGUAGAUGUGGAUUCUCCACCGAUAUUGAGUGAGGUAGAAGCAGCUCUUGUCUCAGCAGGGUUGGAAGACAUACUCACCAUCUGUAGCAAGGUUGUGAAGGCCAGUGAUGCAGCGUUGGUGAUACAACGGCUGUCACAGCUGAAGCAGGAGAAAGAUUUUGACGUGGAAGCCAUCUUGAAUGACUCAAGAAUGAAACCGUUGGUGACUUUACUACACAAUAACAUCAAGCACCUGCCCAUAGUGCAGGUUGAUCGCCUGUUUCAAAGCCUUGCUGGCUCUGAUGCCCAAAGACUCCUUCCUGUUAGAAUCUCUCGAACGCCAGGUGCUGUGGUCCGUGAGAAAAUGGCAGAUUCACAGUGUCAUUAAGCUCAUAGAAGCCCUCCAUGUUCAUCAGGAGACGACCUUCCGUUGUCAGAUGUUGUCUGAAGCUAAAUCAAUCAUCGAGAAGCGGUGGGUGGAAAUAUCGAACCCGUACGAUAUCGUUUCUCUUAUGUACAUCUUCGACAAGCCCAAAGACAGGGUGGUGUUUUCCAAGGUUCAAGAGCGAGCGUUGGACUUAGUUGACUCGAUGGUGCCGUCAUCUCUGUACAAAGUUCUGUAUCUUUCUUCUAAACAGAAGGUGAGGAACACCCCUCUGAUUCGUGCAUCGGUGUAUCACCUUAAUAAAAAAGGUGUCAAUUUAGAACUGUUUCAGCUAGCCAAUCUUCUGUAUGCUUGUAGCAGUUUGAACAUCUACGAUGACAGUUUACUAACAACCACACUAGAGAGCAUCAAAGAUAAACUCAGCACUAUGGAUUCUCCCAAAACAGCCUUGAUGAUGCUAAAGUCUGUCAGCAUUCUGCGCUGGCAUCAAAAUGAUGCUGUCGAUUCCAUCUUGGGAUACCUGGGAAACCACUUAAGCAAACUGUCAGCAAUAGACAAAGUUGGAAUUGUUUUAUCUAUAGCACGGUUAAACCAUAUUAGUCCUACAACUAAGAAGCUUGUCGGGAAGUUUUCUGCUGAUGAAUUCAAGGAGCUGAAAGAGUCGUCACCAAUGCUGUACCUCGACUACGUCUGGUCUCUGUGUGUGUUGAGGUAUGCAGAUGAGUCGACGGUCUCCUCCGUUCUCAGCUCCGACUUCCACUCAAGAGUUACAGGUGACUCUGUCGAGGAGUAUCACAGACAGGUGGCGUCCAUUAAGCUGAUGAAUGUGCAGACCUCGGCGCGACACGAUCUGACUUCAUACAGUGGCCCCACUCUACCAGCCGACUGGCUGACUAACAUCUCACAGAAUCUCAUACGACCUGGGCGACCAUUAUCUGAGUCUGUAGUUUCUGCACUGACCAGCACGGCUCCUGUUGAUCGCUUCACUAAAAUAGAUGUCUUGACUCCGUUUGGCUACUUCCUUGAUGUUGAAAUGUUUGUGAACCAGUCUGGACAGCCUCUUCCAUAUCAACAAACCAGUGAGAACAAAACACCAAACACAUCCAGAAUCGGAUUAAAGAUUUUAAAUUUCCCAGACAUGACACAGAAAUCAGUACACCCGGUCGGCCUGCAUGUGAUGGCUCGCAGACAUCUCGAAAGAGAGGGCUUCACAGUUGUAGAACUUCCGUAUCAUGAACUAUCUGACAAGGGGACAGUUGUACAAAAAGUUCAGUACAUUCAGAACAAGAUCAAGCAAGCUGUGAGUCCUCCAACAAGUACUUGACAACACUGAUGAAAUGAAUAUGUAAUGUUUUAAGACUGGACAAAACCAUCCCCGUGAUUGCUGGUGUAUAUACGAAUUAAUUUAUGGAAGUAUACUGUGUUCUUGAACAGAAUGUGUCAUCGGUGAGAGAAAGGGUUGUGUAGUAGCUAGCAUCACUAACUUAAAGGCAAUUGCUGGAGUAUUUGUCAGUUACUUACGAGAAACAAUAAUUCUUCAAAAGAAUAUUUAACCAGUGUGAAAAAAACAAGUUGGGGGUAGACAUCAUUAAAGCAAAAGUUGGUGUUUGUGAAAAGAAUUUUGAAA